AUGCCUCUAUUGCCCAGUUUUCCUACCUUCAGUCCGUCCAAGGCGUUCCUGAUGAGCUCGUCGAUGGAGCUGGCGCGGGAGAUGAAGGUCACGGGCCGCGGAAUAGAGGUAAUCGGUCUUCGGGCGGGAGGGGUGGCGGGCACAGGCAUGAACCGGGGAAAGGAGGGUUUCUUUCGACCGGGCGUGGACAAGUUCGUGGAGGCGGCGCUCGCGCGCGUUGGCUGUGGAAGGAUGGUCGUGAUUCCCUACUGGCCGCAUGCGGUCAUGGCGUGGUGGCGCACGCUGCUGCCUGAGUUCGUCAGGGAGUUCAUCUAUGCUGAUGCUGUGCAACACCGGUAUAGACAGCAGUGA